CGCCAUCUACAGCCACUGCGCGGUUGCUACGGUCUGCAACCUAUCCUUACGGCCCUCCGUUCUCCUAAUGUCCAUCCACGCUAUCAAUCGUUCGCAGUGCCACCUCGCUUGGGACAAUAGGCACGCGCGCACUAGCGUCAUCCCACCCGUGUUGCGCGUUUCCUCUGGAGAUACCAUAACUUUCGAUUGCCUCGACGCGUCCAACGGCCAAAUCACGCCGGCAUCCACCACGCACAGCAUCGCUUCGCUCGUGUUUUCUCAGCUGGAUCAGGUCAACGGCCCUGUGUACGUCGAGACGGCUGAACCCGGUGACACUCUCCAGGUUGACGUUCUCCGUGUCGAGACGGCCGAUUGGGGCUGGACCGCGUGCAUCCCCGGCUUCGGACUGCUUGCGAACGAGUUCCCAGAACCACAUCUGAAAAUAUGGAAGCUGCACAAGAACGAGGAGGGAGACAUCUAUGGAUAUGCAUACUUUGACGAGAGCCGCAAGAUCAAGGUCCCUUUGAGACCCUUCGCGGGAGAGAUGGGUGUCGCCCCCGGAGAGAAGGGUGCCUUCUCGACCAUCCCGCCAUACAAGACCGGUGGCAACAUCGACACACGCCAUCUAACCGCCGGCUCGAUGCUGUACCUUCCAGUAGCGGUGAAGGGGGCGCUGUUUUCAAUCGGAGACGGUCAUGCUGCACAAGGUGAUGGAGAGGUCUGUGGCACAGCCAUCGAGACGCUGCUGAAGGUGACCGUUCGCCUCACCGUGCGCAAGGACUAUCGAUACCCCACGACGCCGCACUUCUUGACGACCGUUGUGCCGCCGGAGACGUACUACUGCACGACGGGCAUCGAUGCUGACAUCCGCGAAGCCACCAGAGCAGCCGUGCGCAACAUGAUUGAUUUCUUGUGUGGCGAGUUCAAGAUGACUCGCGUCGAAGCGUACAUGCUCUGCAGCGUCGCCUGCGACCUACGUAUGCACGAAGUAGUGGAUAUGCCGAACUACGUGAUUGGAAUGAUGUUGCCCAAGUCCAUUUUCGGGGUGUGAAGUGAGCCGAGUAGGCUGUUCGCGAGUGAUAGAUGGGCUCGGAUAGGAUGGAGAUGAUCUCAUCGAGAACCUCCGAGGCUCAAAUAGUGUAGGUGUGUAUGAUCGUAUCGUGAGACAAUGGAUCAAUGCUGCAAUAUGAC